AUGCGCAACGCGAGCGAUGUUACGAUGUUCGCGAGUUCGAGGGGCAAGUCGCGAGAAACACCGCGGUAUCAGAAUUUGUGGGAUUUGAUCGUGAAUAACGACGACAUUUGUUUCAAACAUGUGCUUCCGAGAUUGAAUCCAACGGAUCUCAAAUUCUUGUACGAGGUGAAUACAGAGACGAGAGCGUUGGUGAAGAGAUCGUCUCGCAAGAGGGAGCUGAGAAAGACGUUUAAAGUUGAAGAUAUGUCGUCGAUAUCGACUUUGGAGUUUGUGUGGGAGAAUAAAUCGUUGUGGUCGGGUUGGUGGAACCAAACAUCAUGGUUCUGCUGGAAAGUUGCUCGAACGAAUAAACUCGAGUUGCUUAAGUGGAUACGAGAAGAGAAAAAGUGUGAGUGGGAUGGAUCGACGAUUAAUAGGGCCGCAUUUCAUGGUAAUCUGGAAAUGGUAAAGUAUUGCGUGGCAAAUGAGUGUCCUGUCGAUGAGUGGACGUGUCAAUUUGCCGCCCGAAACGGUCAUCUCGAGUGCCUCAAAUACUUACGCGAAGAAGCGAAAGCGCCUUGGGAUUACGAGGUUUUGCACUUUGCUCACGCGAAGAAACACCUCGAGUGUUUACGCUACGCCAUCGAAAAGAAAUGUCCGACAUGGUCAGAUUACACAGAAAGACUGAAGGCAUUAGAGCAAAGCCAGUAA